AUGUCACACUUCUCACAACCAUCAUCGCUGCCACCGGAGCCACCUGAACCACCGGAGCCGCCGUCGGUCUACUGCACCCCAUCACCGCAAUCGAAAGCCACCACCCCAUCUCCUGUCACCCGUAUUCUCAUGUCACGACAGCAAUCAUCUGCUAAACCAUCUCCACUAACCAAACUCGUCUCGAGACAACCGUCGUCAACUGCCAGCCCGUACCCAUUACCGCCACCGGAAUAUCCGUAUUACGAACACAUCACAGAGAAAACAAGAGACAGAAUCUUGCUGAGAAGACACCGCCAUACGAAUCCCGCCAUCUGGUGCAGCGCCAUCAUCUGUUUGAUCUUCAGCCUCCUCAUCAUCUUCUUCGGGAUCGCCACUUUGAUCCUCUUUCUCGUUGUCAAACCAAAAACCCCGGUUCUUGACACCAACCACGCAAGCCUCAACGUGAUAUACUUCGAUGCACCUGGCCAUUUCAAUGGCGAUUUCACUUUCAUCGCUAACUUCUCCAACCCCAACAAGAAACUCGAUGUAAGAUUCGAGCAUGCUGUUAUGGAGUUGUAUUUCGAAAACAAUUUGAUCGCAACUCAAUCGAUUCAACCUUUUAGCCAAAGGCGAAAAGAGACGGGGGUGGUGGCGAUUCACUUCAUAUCGAGCUUGGUUUAUCUGCCACCGAAUCAAUCAAUGGAGCUUCAGAAACAGGUUUUGAGCAAUAAGGUUUUGUAUAGCGUGAGAGGGACGUUUAGGGUGCGAGCGAGUUUGGGUUCGGUUCAUUUCUCGUACUGGUUGCAUGGUCGAUGCGAGCUGCAAAUGGGUAGUCCACCAUCUGGUUCACUCAUGGCUAGAACCUGCAAGACAAAGAGAUGA